GCACGCGCCGCGCGCUUACCAUGCGCAGCUGCGGGCCGGCGUCUUGAUUCCAGGUGUUUCUCUUAGGUAGAGGUGUGCUGUGCUGUUUGCCAGGAUGUUUCAUGGUAUUGGCUCUGCGGAUGGGGAAGAGGAGCAGGCGGAGGAGGAUUGUCCUGAAUUGGUCCCCAUUAAGACGAAGCAAAGAGAGGAGAAGGAGGAAACGUCUGGUCCCGGCGCUAAGAUCCCAGUCACAAUUAUCACCGGGUAUUUAGGUGCUGGGAAGACAACACUUCUGAACUAUAUUUUGACAGAGCAACAUAGUAAAAGAAUAGCAGUGAUUUUAAAUGAAUUCGGGGAAGGAAGUGCGUUGGAGAAAUCCUUAGCUGUCAGCCAAGGUGGAGAACUCUAUGAAGAAUGGCUGGAACUUAGAAACGGUUGCCUCUGCUGUUCCGUAAAGGACAGUGGCCUUAAAGCUAUUGAGAAUUUGAUGCAGAAGAAAGGGAAAUUUGAUUACAUACUGUUAGAGACCACUGGAUUAGCAGAUCCUGGUGCUGUAGCUUCUAUGUUUUGGGUUGAUGCUGAAUUAGGGGUUGAUAUUUAUCUUGAUGGUAUCAUAACUGUUGUGGAUUCAAAAUAUGGAUUAAAUCAUUUAGCAGAAGAAAAACCUGAUGGCCUUAUCAAUGAAGCUUCUAGGCAAGUUGCUUUGGCGGAUAUCAUCAUCCUCAAUAAAACAGACUUGGUUUCAGAAGAGGAUUUAAACAAAUUAAGAACAACUGUUAGAUCAACAAAUGGACUGGGAAAAAUUUUAGAAACACAAAAAUCAAGAGUUGAUCUCUCAAGUAUAUUAGAUCUUCAUGCCUUUGACAGUCUCUCUGGAAUAAGUUUGCAGAGAAAACUUCAGAGUGUGCCAACAACACAACCUCACCUUGAUCAGAGUAUUAUUACAGUCACAUUCGAAGUACCAGGAAAUGCAAAGGAAGAAAGUCUAAAUGUCUAUAUUCAGAAUCUUCUGUGGGAAAAGAAUGUGAGAAACAGGGAUGACGACUGCAUGGAGGUCAUACGACUAAAGGGGCUGGUGUCGAUCAAAGACAAACCACAACAAGUGAUUGUCCAGGGCGUCCAUGAGCUGUAUGAUCUGGAGGAGACACCAGUGAGCUGGGAACAUGACAGUGAGAGAACAAAUCGACUGGUCUUUAUUGGCAGGAAUUUAGAUAAGGAUAUUCUUAAACAACUAUUUAUAGCUACUGUGACUGAAACAGAAAAUCAAUGAACAACACAUUUCAAAGAAGAUCAAGUUUGUCCAUAACACUAGAAGCAUCACCAAAAGGAUUGGAUGAUAAAAUUGGGAAUAAGUUUCCUAUUGGAUGUAUUUCAAGCAUCUAUUCUUUGCAUUACUUCUCUUACGAAUUCCAGUGUAAACUUUAAAAUAGUAUUUAUUUUAUAGAAUACAUACAACAUAGUAAAUCAGUAUUAUAAAACAUUUGAUAUUCAUACAAUAAAAUACACUGUCCUCUGACUUUUUUUUGUGGACAGAUGAUUCAUAAACAUAUCUUGCAGAAUUGGCUUUGGAGUUUACAUAUGCUGAAUUUCUCACUCAUGGAAGUUAUAAUAAUAAUAAUGGGAAAACUUACUUCAACAUUGUCAUUUUCCCUUAGAACUUCAGCUGAUUGCGUGGAUGUAAUUUUAUUGUUAAUAACAAAAAUUUUUAAAAACAAUGUCACCAUUUUUAUUAAAGGAAAUAAAGGGUUUACAGUGGUAGAGACUUAUAAGUGGAAGAAACCUAAAUCAAAGAAAUUAACUGAAACUUUCUCUUAUUCUUAGUCAGAUUCUAAGCCUUACUGGUAGUCAGUGUAAUGGAACUUCAGCCAUUCACUUUGUAAUAUAUUUCAAAGAUUUCAAUUGUAGAGUUUUUAAUUUUAGAGUAGAUUUUAGUUUUAAAGUAGAUUUUACUACUGGUAUUAAAUUCAUCUUUUUUUUUUAAACUUCUUUAUUUUUCAAUAUAAACUAAAAAGUGACAAGGUAUAAAACUUCAGAUGUAAGUGCAUUUAACUUUUGAUAAUUUAACAAUCUUUAUAUAAAUGGUAGGCGUGUAAGUAUACAAUGGAUUACUUUUCUCUUCUUCCUGCUAAAGGCCAGGUCAGCUUAACUAUAUUCAGAUUGUAAGAGAAAGGCAUUAAAUGGAAUUUAAAGAAGAGUUAAUGGUUGUUAAAUAUCAGAAGGCUGUCAGAAUGGCUUUUGGAAUAUUUUUUCAGAACUUUAAGUCAAAAUUACAUCUAUGUAUCUUGAAUGGUUCCAGUAGUUGGAGGCAGGCUAAUUGAUUAGAUUAUCUAUCUCCCGUCCCGUGUUCUGUACCUUUUUAAUAUAACUUCUUUAUGUUCAUCCAUUUGCCUCCUGAAUCUAUUCUCUUAACUUGUGGUUAAGAGAAUACGAUUAUUUUGUGGCAGCCAAUUGCCUGAUAGAAAGUCAGCUGAUUUUUGAGUCAGAUCUUUAAUUCUAGGGCUUUAAUUCCAGCUCUGCUGCUUCUUGGCUGUAUAAUCUUGGGCAAAGUAUUUCUCUGAGAUUAGUUUUCUUACUUUAAAGUGGACAGUGAUAAUAUCAAACAUUCAAGCUUGUUAUGAGGGUUAAAUAGGUUUGUAAUACACCCAGCUCAGCUCUUGGCCCACAACAGAGCAUAGAUAAAUGUUUUCUCCUUCCUAACAAUUUCAAUUUGUUUUAUAAUUAACGUAGUCAUGAUAAUACUUCAUAAUGUUCAUUGGCAAAUAAUAAGUAUUUAGAUUCAUCUGUUCUAGGUCAUGAGAAAGGGCUUAUAAUUAAUGGUACUGUUGUGGGAGACAUGUUUGAAGUAAUAUUAAUCUAAACUCUUAAAAAUCUGUUUUAAACUGAUAAAUAUUUGGUUUUUUUCUUUAUAAUGUAUUAAUCUUUAAAUAUUUUUCUUUACAAAAGUAUUGCAUGACUACAUUUGUGUUGUAAAACACAAGCAUUACAGAUGAAGUCAGUCUCUCCUGACCUUUCUCCUUCAGUCACUGUCACUUCUGGGUAAGCAGUGUUGUCAGUUUAAUGUCUAUCCUUUUAGAUGUUUCUUUUCACUUAUGCACACAUUAUGGUUUACAUUGUUUCCCAAAGUGAAUUAUUUUCCAAUAAUAAAGCUAUCAUUUAAGGAAUUUCUUCGGGAAACUUACAAACUUGCCAUAAAUAUCCUCAAGGAAAGAUUUUUAUAAUGUGUGUUUUAAAUAAAAAAUCAUUCUUUACAUAUUAUAAUGCUGUUUGCUCUUUAAAAAAAACUAUUAAUCUUAGAUCUUUCCAUGACAAUGCAUAUAAAUAUGUCUUUAACUGCUGGACAGAAAUUCAUAGUAUAGCAUAGAAUACAUUUCUUUAAAAAAACAUUCAUUGAGAGCUUCCAAGUUUGCCCAGUAUUAGUGCUGGGGCUGAAACUGCACAUGAUGGUUAAAAGCCAGGUUUGUAUUGCUUACAUUCUAAUGGAGGGAUAUAAAUAAGUGAGAAAAUACGAGGUGCCUGAAGAAGGCUGAUAAAAAUCAAAACUGAGUUUAGAAUGAGUGGGCAUGAAAAGCCUUUCUGAGGAGAAGUGGCUUUUUUGUUUUUGGUGGGUUGGGGCUAUUUUAGAACUUUUUGCUAAUCCCAAUGUCACAAAGAUCUUUCCUAUGUUUUCUUUUAGGAACUUAAUAAUUUUAGCUCUUAACAUUUAGCAUCAUGAUCCAUUUCAAGUUAAUUGUUCCAUCGUUAUGUCUUGAAAACUCUUUUGCCCUUUGAAUGAGCUUUUUGCACCUUUGCUGAAAAUCACGUGGCGUGUGUGUGUGUGUGUGUGUGUGUGUGUGUGUGUUUUCAUGGACAUUAUUUUCAUUCGUCUGUCCUUAUGGCACUACCACACUGUCCUGAUAACUUUAGCCUUAGAGUAAGUUUUGAAAUUAGGUAGUGUAAAUAUUCCAAUCUUGUUUAUCUUUUUCAGAGUUGUUACAGCUAUUUUAGGUAUUUUUGUUUUCAAUAUAAAUUUUAUCAUUAACAUGUCAGUUUCUUCAAAAAGGCUGCUAGGAUUUUAACUGAAUUGAAUUCAAUCUAUAGUACAAUUUGGUGAAAAUUGUCAUUUUUUAAAAAACUUUAUUUCUUAUUGAGGUGACGUUAGCUUUUAACAUUGUAUAAGUUUCAUGUGUACAACAUUAUAUUUUUACUUCUGUAUACACUACAGUGUGCUCACCACCAAAAAUUUAGUUUCCAUCCUUCUCCAUACAGUUUAGUUUCCUUCCCCUUCCCCUCUGGUAACCAUUGCUCUGCUCUCUGUAUCCAUGUGUUUUGUUUUGUUUUGUUUUGCUCAUUUAUUUGUUUUGUUCGUUUGUUUUUUAUAUUCCACAGAUGAGUGAAAUCCUACAGUAUUUGUCUUUCUCUAACUUAUUUCACUUAGCAUAAUGAACCUCAAGGUUCAUCCAGGUUGCCAGAGGUGGCUUUUAAGUUGAGAACAGAGUUAAAAGGAGUCAUUGAUGCAAAGUCAGGGAGAAGAUUCUACACAGAGGGAGCAAGCAGUGGAGAGGGCCUUUAGGUGGGAACCCGUAUAGUGUGCUGGAAGACCAGGAAGAAGGCAAGUGUGGUGGAAGGUUCGAAAGCCAGGGUAGGAGGUGGGAUUGGAGUUGUGAGCCAGGGCCGGGCUUUUUGCUUACAGGACAGAGCAAAAUAUUUGGUUUAUUCUGAAAGCCCUGGGAAGUGGCUGAAGGGCUUUGAGCUGGACAAGUGAUGUGGUUGUGAUCACCGUGGCAGAUGAACUAGUUGUUUCCUGUUUUUGAAAUUGCAGACAGUGCUGCAGUGAACAUCAUUAUGUGCGCCUCUUUGUUUUUAUAUGAGAAUGUUUCUCUGGAAGAGAUAUGUAAGGGUGGAAUCACUGGCUUCCAGGAUAUGCACAUUUAAAGUUCUUAACAGAUACUGAUAAAUUGCCUUCCCAAAUGGCUGUACCUUCUUGCUGUAAAACAGGAGUGUAUGAAAGUACCCUUUUUUCCAAACCUAGCUAACACAUUUUAACCUUUGCCAUUCUGGAUGGAAUGGCAUCUCACUGUUUUAAUUUAGAUUUUUUUUUACUGUAUUUUUAUGUUAUUUAUAAGUUCUUUUAAAUAUGCAUUGCCCUGUUCUUCGUUCUUAUUUUUCCCAAAAUGAAGUAUUUUUCAGUGAUCAGAGACAUUACCAGCUUAACCUGUACUUCAGAGGGGUUUGGAACCUCCAAUAGAUAUCCUCAAGAGAAGAUUUUAUUUUUAUAAUGGAAAUCACUAACAAAUAAAUAACAUGGGCCAUUAUUCUACUAACCAUAGAAAAUUUUCAGGGUAUUAUGAUUAUGGUAAUGAUGAUAAUCAGGGUUUAGGCAUAGUUCAUCUGUAAGUUUAUAGUUUACUGAGUAAUAUAUAGGAUAAAUUACUAAGUCUCUCUAAACCUUUGCCUCCUUAUUCAUAAAGUUCAGGUGCAAAUCUCUCAGGGAUUAAAUUUAAAGUAACCUGACUAUAGAGUUUCAGUAAAUGUAAAUUCUCCUUUUCCAGCAAGACUUGAUAAUACAUUCAAGCUUCUGCACAGCUUCUUACAUGAUUCUUUCCUAGGCUUUUCCAGCUUUUAGUGAAAGGGGCAAGAACAUUAGUACUGAGUGUAAGAUAGCUGUGGGAAGGGUCAGCCCAGGGGGUGAGGGAAGGCCAGGGAUUGAAAGGGUCUCUAAUUCCUAAUAGAUUAUGAAGUUUGAAGGGAAUUAUCAACAAAAUAAAGCUAAAAGGUUUUUAAACAUUUGUGGGCUUGGUUGCUUGCUACAAAUUGAAUAAAUGUCUCCUUUGGAUUAGUAAUGUAGGUGGAAAAUUAUAUUUUAAGAUUUCUUUGAAAGGACUUUCCCAGUUCUAGAAAUGCCAUACAUUGUGGAGGUGAUACUGAAAGAAGUGAAUUCUGUCUUUGAAUGUCUAGCAACUUGCCCUACUUUGAUGAGAAAGAAGAACUAGACUUUUUCCUCAGAAUUAGUCUUAAUAUUAGAAUCAACUUAUUUAAAGUUAGAAUCAACUUGGUUGAUAACUGAAUUGCCUUUAACUUUCAGAGCGAAAUGGAGAGAGAUCAGACAUCCUCUUUACUGUACAGUAGUUGAGAGAGGUUGGUUUUUCAAAGUGGGACGGAUGGCAUUUAUGACCCCCUGAUAGAUUUGUUCAGGAAAAAAAAAACCUAUUCAGUGUUAGGAAAGAAGUAAUCUCCAAAUAUUAUUGAGUGCCCACUAUGCACCGGACCCCAUGUUAAAUGUUUUAGUGUUUCAUGAGCAAAAAGUAACACAACAUUAAAGAAUUAAUCAGGUGGGACAGAAAGAGUCCCCCCACCCUUUUUUUUCCUUAAGGAAUUACUUGCCAUAAUGGAGUAUCUCCAAAGAACUCAACUUAGUUUUCCUUGAUACAGCUAUUUAUUUUUACAUUGAUAUAUUUUGUAUAUUAAUAUUAGAUAUAAUUAGCAAAAAAAUUUACCCUUUAAAGUAUACAAUUCAUGGCUUUAGUAUAUCCACAGGUAGUGGCAACCAGUACCACUACCUAUCAGUAAUUCCAGAACAUUUUCAUAGCUCUCAAACUCUGUAUCCAUUAGCAGUUAAUCCCCAUUUCCCUCUGCCCCUGUUCCCCAGCAGAUACUUGUCUACUUUCUGUCUCUAGAUUUGCCUGUUUGGACUCGUUUGACCUACCAUAAUGUUUUCAAGGUUCAUCCAUGUUGUUGCAUGUAUCAGCAUUUUGUUUCUUUUUAUUGCUGGAUAAAAUUCUAUUUAUAUACCACA